AGAGAGGGACACAAACACACACACAAAUAGGAAGGGCCGUGUCGAGAUAUACUCGAGCAGAAGGAGAGCUGAAGAGUCAGAGAGAAUGAAGACAACUAAAUGAGCAGAAAUAACCAGCAAACAUGAACAACAGAAGGAGAACACAUGUGAGAAGAAGUUUAAGCGCCAAUGACUGACAGUAUAGAAAAUCAAACACGCCAUCAUGGAGGAUCGCUCUUCCACACAAUCCUUCCCUAAUGGCCAGCACCAUCGCCAUGGCCCGUACUUUACCCUCACCAUGCCCAAUUUUCAAAGCUCUGAAGUGGCCUCUCAGCCUGCCCAGCACCCUCUGGAGCAUUGUGGAAGAGGAAGGGAAGAAUCUCCUGCUUCAUACUUGACAUCAAACACCCCUUCUGGGUCAAGGAGGGGGAGCAGUGGGGGUGACAGAGUCUUCCUAAGUACCAAUGCGGUCAGUCUAGAUGGGGAUGCUAGCUUAGGAUGCCAUCUUGAUGGAGAAAACAGGUUAGGGGGUCAUUUUGAUGACUCUUGGUAUGGCAAAAAAGAAUCCUGGGAGGAUGGGGGCCAUUGCAAAAGCCCCACAGAGGAUUUUCAGGGAAAAGGCGAUUGCUACAAUGACACAAAUGAUGUUUUUUAUGCCAUUAACUGUGUCACUGAGGAAGGAGACAGAGCAAAGAUCAGAGAAAGCUACAACAAUUACACCCAUGUCAACUGUGGGGCUAAAAGUGACAUAGUUUAUAACAAGGAGGCAAACAUGAACCACUUUUCAAAACAAACCGUGUCCUACAACAAAAGCAGAACAGGGAAUUAUAGUGACAAGAGUGUUCAUUAUUCUAGAGUCAAUUCGAGCAUAAGUGAUCACUUUUUAGGUGGAGAGGAAGAUUAUGGGUCCAGCUGUGGCUCAGGUGAGGAGCAGCAUCAGACAGCAGAAGCUGAGGGAUCCUGGCUCAGUGUGUCCCCAACAAGUCAGCCAGAUGGGAGGUGGAGAGGAGCAGCGGACACCCACCCGUCGGCCUCAGCUGGCCAACCGCAGAGAUCCCCUGUUGGCAUCAGCAAUAGGACAUACACUCAGAAACUGGACUCUUUCUCUGAUGCUUUCUUCUCUCAGCGAAAGAGGAGAUUUCCCUUUAUUCCCAGUGGGGAUUCCUCUGCACAAAUAUGGGAAGGUGGGGUAGGGAGAGGAGAAAACCCCGGACUGAUCAAGUCAAGGCAAAGCUGCACUUUUGACUCAGACUCUCACCAGCCUCCCUCCUCCUCCUCUUCUUCCCCUGCUUACCUCUCUCUUCCAUCUUUACCCUCCCCUCCCACGUCGUCUAAUCUUGUUUCUUCAGUUCUUAGCCCUCCUCCCACACCUUUACCUCCGCCCUCUCACUCACCAUCCAAAAUGGACUCUCCCGCUAUGCAGGGGGGCGUUGGACACUCGUAUUCUCAGACAGGAGACGCACUUGCUGGACUACAAUUUUUCCCUUCACGUAUUCAGUCUUUGCCUUCUGUCCACUCUUCUGGAAUGAUAUGGAAGUUUCCUCCGUUGUCACAGUGCUUCCCACAGCUGCCAGGUGAUGCCGGCGGCACAGAAUGCAGUCUCAGGUCCUGCAGUGGUAAUGACUACGGCACUUUCACAGCCACGUGUGAGAUUCCUCAAUCACCUGAAUUAUCCCUCCCCUCCUCUUCAUCCCAUCACCCAUCCAUUCACGCAUCAAGGACCCUCUGCCCUUCCACUAGUCCAUCCUUCAAUUCUUCUGUUCAUCUUCUGUCUCACCAUAACUCUGGCAAGCAUUAUGCCUACAAACUGACCCAGACAGUAAAGACUGAACCAGCCACAGUGAUCCAUGCACACCUACAGCAACACGCCACUCCAGUGUAUUCCGGAACACCAUUUCCCAGUAUCCUCCACUCUAAAAGAGCCCAAAAUAGAGGCUCCUACACUCCUCGGCCUCUCCUCAAUCCACUCCGCAAGGGGACAGGGCUGUACUCCUCCCUUUCAACGCUCCAUCACUGCAAGGAGGAACCAGCAUGGUUAGAGGAGGAUGAGGAGUGUGACGGGGUCCCACACAUCAAUGUGGGCCCUGACUUUCAGGCAGACCUUCCUCCUUGCCUUCUGGAUGGUGAAUGGUCAGGCCUGUGGUUUUCAACUGAAGACCCCCCUCGGGAACAGUUGCUUUGGAAACCAUGGGAUGAGCUGCUGAGGAGUGCUCAUGCACAAGACCAAGUGGAGAAGCUGCUCACCAUGUGUAAUUCCAGCUGUUUGCCAGGAGGGGGCAGUAAUACUGAGCUGGCUCUGCAUUGUCUGCACCACUGUGAGGGAAAUACCAUGGAAACACUGAAGAUGCUGUUGUUUUCUCUGCCCUCACCAACAGGAGACUACCAUUACUCAGGUUGUGAUUUUUGGACAGAUACAGAAAAGAAGCUCUUCAAUGUAACUCUAGAGACUCAUGGAAAAGAUUUUUCAACCAUUGAGAAGAUGCUGAGAACCAAGACUGUACCUCAGUGUGUAGAGUUUUACUACUUGAGCAAAAAGCUGGAUGACAAGCAGAAAAAACAAAAGGAGGACGAAACCAGAGAGUUGCAGCUGCAGAAAAGAGUGACGCCCAUCUCCCAGCCAGUGGAGAGUCAGAUUUCACAGGAGGAGGUAGUUCCCCUGCCCUCGUUGACCAGCAUCUUCCCCUGCAAGCUGUGUGGAAAAAUGUUCUAUAAAAUCAAGUCCCGUAACGCCCACAUGAAGAUCCACCGCCAGCCUCAGGAGGAUUGGACUGACAGGCGGCUGCAGCACCAGCUCAUCACGCAGCGUCUGGCCCUCAGUCGUCCCUCUAACCUCAUGCCAAGUCCAGGAACUAAUCUGCUCCCACCACAGGCCGCAACUCUUACAUUUUCUUCCUCUGGUCUCUCAUCAAGCAGCAACAGCAGUGCAGACAGUGUCCACAAUUCUCUGAACAACAGCAACCCCAUCGCUCAGGACAGGGCCAGUAUCUUAAAUCCCAGAAAUACAAUAACUUACUGCAACGGUGUCCCUUCCACCCCCCAUGUAAUCACCGUCAAUAAUAUUGAAAGUGGUGACCCACACCAAAGAGAGCUGACCACUUUUUCACCCUUCCACCAGUCAUGGGGAUCUUUUGGACCGCCUCCAGACCUUGCAGCAUUCUACUGUAUCCAAGAAGGCAAAGAAAGUGAGACAAUGGAGGGAAAAGAGCCAAUCAUCUGGCAGUAGUGUUUAAAUAAAAAAGCAUUAUAACUAUAAGUCUGAAUCCACAGAUCAUAUUUUGUGUUUUCAGUCAAACUGACUUUAAAAAAACUUCAGUACAGAUUUCAAACUGUUUUUUUUGUUUUUGUUUUUAGAAAAGAGUGCUCUUUGUUCAGUUUUUGUUGUAAAUGUGUUUAUACUGUCGUUAAAUGUGUUAAUACGUUUUAAAAUUGGAAUAAAAUUGGUGUCAAUAAGUUUUUUUUGUAUAUGAUCUGACACCCAUUUACAUCGAUAACAAUCGAUGCAUCUUUAUGGCUAGCUGUAACUCGUGGUUUUUUAUUCACUUGACCAGAAAUGUACUGCUCCUCUCCACUGAUAUAACUACACUAUACUCCAACGGGAAUGAUGUGUUUCCAAGAGUACAAACGUCUCCAAUGCUUGCACUUUUCUAUGGAAUGAAUUCAUCAAUGUAAUAUUUCCCAUUUUCCAUUUUUCUCUUGAAGAAUUUAAAUAGAUUCUAAUGAAGACAUAUUGUUAGGAUCCAUUGUGCCAAAAAAAAAGAUGACAAGCACAGCCUGUUUAAAGGUUGAUACAGAACAGCAUAAUGGACAAAUAUUGAUCCUAAGAGAUCGUGGUCUCACUUAGAGGUGCCAGAGUGCCCAGGGUAGCCUUGUUGAUGAUUAACUACAAUGAAUAUUAGUGUGCCUGAAUGAAUGUGUGUUGUUACAUUAUGAUUAUGCCAGGAUGAGGGCAUUUUCAAAGAAUUCCAUGCAAUUGUUGUGCUGUGAUACAACAGAAAAGCAGGUAUGAGUUGACAAACAGCUCUUUCAAAAUACUUCAAAAUUAAACUUUGACACCUGAUUAUCUAUCCUUCACAAGAUUCAACCCAGUCUGAUUUAGAGUUUGUUCUUUGUCCUGGUGUUGCCAUUGUUAAUGGGUCCUCUGCAUAAGUUUAUCAGGCUGCAGAUCAUGUCACAAGGCGGUGAAUGUCUUUGAUCCUGUAUCUUUGAGCUUCUACUUUGAUAGUGAUAACUCAUCGCAGGGCUUUGUGCGUGGCUUCAUUUUAUUGAUAUUUCAGCAAGGUGUCCUGUAAAAAAUUGCAGGUAAUCAAAUUCCCAUCUAUGCAAGUGCGCACAUUUGUAAUUUAAUCAGUCUGUGUACAAGCAUAUUGACAUAGUAUGUGUGCCACAGAUAAAAGUUAUCUCUGGCCUUUAAAGUGCAUUCUUCUCUGAAACACUCUCUCCCCCUGACAAAAGUCCACAGUUGGUCUGCCCUCCUUUUUGUCUGAUGUCCAUUAUUUCAGAUUCUUUAUAAAACUGCUCCUCCCACUUUUGUGAUAUUGAGAUCUUGUCAGCUGCAAACAUGCUGAAGUGGUGUCCUCUUUUCUUGGACCUACUGUACAUCUAAAUCCUCUGAAUAAGAUGAAGCAUUUCCCAUAAGGGAAUCAUGAACUGUGCUGUCCUUAUAUCAAAGUCGAGUGAGAAAAUAAACCAAAGUGGCAACCAAGAGAGUUCAGUGUUGGCCUUUCUGGAGGAGAGAAAGAGAGAUGGGGUGUGGAAAAAGGGGGGAGAGGGACAGCAGACCAAUAGCGGAGAGGGAAGGGAAACUGAAGAGUGAAUAAACAGAGAGGUUACUGAGCAGCAGCCAUUCACCUAUUCAAAGCAAGCAGCUCUUUGCCAGUUGACUGAGCUUGUGCUCCAAGUACAGGCUAUCCAAUGCUGUCUCCCAUGUGCUGCUUUCCGUUUUUUUCCCAUACCAACAAUAAACAACAGCUUUCUCAGUCACCUCAUUGUUCUAACAUUCAGGGGGGCAACACUUUUC